AUGGCCAAUAAAAUAGACGAUAGUGACAUUUUACAGUUAUUAGAUAUACCAUCAGGAUCUGAAGAUGAUUUUGAAAGUGAUGUUGAUGAUGAUCAACUAGAUUUAUAUAGUAAAUAUAGUAAUUUAUUAGAGGAGCCAGAUAUUACUACUUUUGAAGAAUUAUUAUCUAAGCAGUUUUCUUCUGAAUCUAUUGUCGACGAAAAUGUUAUAUUUCCUAUUCUAGAACCUGUUGUAGAUAAUAGUAAUUUUUCUGAUAUAAAUAUUUCAUUACCCUCAACAUCCACUGAACCAGUCAUAAGAAAACAAAAUGUUUCAAUACCUUCUAUACCACCAAUUGAAGUGAAAAAUGUUGUUUGGACUGAAGGUAACUUUCCUGUAAUAGAUACAAAUUUUCUUGGCAAUUCAGAUUUACCUAGUGACAUCCUUGAAUUAGAAACACCUUUUCAAAUAUUUAAAUAUUUUUUUACCUCUGACUUAUUGGAUCAUAUAUGUUUUGAAACAUAUAAAUAUGGUGUACAGAACAACUCUAGUACCCCCUUAAAAAUUAAUAAAGAAGAUUUACAAAAAUAUAUUGGUAUUCUUAUAAUUAUGAGUUUGGUAAAUACAUCUAAUAUUAGAAAUUAUUGGUCCCCAGUAUUAGCUAAUCUUCAUUUUAACGAUAAUUUAUUAACUUCUACUGGUCCUGAAAGAGAUAAAAUACAUAAAAUUAGGCCACUUAUUGAAACUUCAAGAAAAAGAUUUAGUUCUAUACCAAUUGAGGAAAACUUGGCAGUUGAUGAACAAAUAUGCAGCACAAAAGCACGAAGUUCACUCAAAGUAUACAUGCCCAAUAAACCUCAUAAAUGGGGUUACACAUUUUUUGUUCUUAGUGGUGCCUCAGGUUUUGCAUAUAAUUUUGAGUUUUGUUCAGGUCAAGAAAAUAAUAGCGAAGGUAGAGAAGCAAGUGAGCCAGUUCUAGGUGCUAGUGCAAAUGUUGUUGUGUGUCUUAGUAGAGUUAUACCUAAUAACCAAAAUUUUAAAUUAUUUUUUGACAAUUAUUAUACAUCUUUGCCACUGUUGGUUUAUUUAAAAAAAAGAAAUAUAUUAUCUCUAGGCACUGUAAGAAGAAAUAGGUUAAAAAAUGUAAUGUUGCCAGUUGAUUCUGUUCUAAUGAAACAGCCGAGGGGCACUACUGCCCAUUGUAUAUCCAAAGUAUUAGAUACAGACAUAGUUGCUGUCAUAUGGAAAGAUACAAAAAUUGUGAGUUUGCUUUCGACAUUUACUGCUAUAGACCCAGUUGUAAAAGUAAGUAGGUUUGACAGGAAACAAAAAAAAAGGAUUGAAGUUGAUUGUCCAAAUAUAAUACAAGUAUACAACAGACACAUGGGUGGUGUUGAUUUAUUAGAUGGGUUACUUGGGCGUCAUAAGAUAAAGAUGAGGAGUAGAAAAUGGUACAUGAGGGUCUUCCACCAUUUAUUAGAUGUAACUGUAGUAAAUUCUUGGCUUCUACAUAAAAGAAUUCAGAAACAGAAAGGAAAUAAUAGUGUGCUAUCAUUGGUAAAGUUUAGGGAAGAACUUGCUUUAUCCCUCUGCAAAAUUGGUACUUACACCCCAAAACGUGGACGUCCCACUAAUGAUGUGCAAGAAGGAAUUAUAAAAAAGGGUAAAAUGGGCACUAAAGUAGGACAGCAUGCACCACCAAAAGAGGUAAGAACUGACAAAUUAGAUCAUUGGCCUAUUGAAAGUGAAAAAAGAACUAGAUGUAAAAAUCCAGGUUGCAAAGGUUUUACUUUCAUGAUGUGUGGAAAAUGUCAAAUAAGUUUAUGUUGUGGCAAAGGACUAACUUGUUUCACCAAAUGGCAUACAACAUAA